AUGUUCUCAUCUACUAUUCUUAUAAUUCUGACUACAGUAUUAGCUAUCGUGAAUGCUGGUAGGCAUCAUCACUACCAUUCCAAUAGUUACCGUGGAUACGGUAACGGUGUGCAGCGGCAUGGAUAUCCCUACCGUACUCCACCUUGGAGCUACAGUAACUAUUAUCAAAACUACCGUACUCCCUACCGUACCCCUUACUACCAAGGCUACAGUAACUACUACCAAGGCUACCGUACCCCUUACUACGGUAACUACUACCAACCAUACCAACAACCUUCUACUUACUACGGUUCCGGCGACCGCUACAUUGGAAAUGGCAUCCACGUGGACUCGCAUGGAAAUGGUUAUAUCGGUCGGAAGGAUACCGGGUGGUACAUCUUCUGUGCGUCAAGAGGAUGUGUUGGGAGAGGUUAA